ACGCAGUGGUUCGAACAUUCGGAGGAUACGUUCGAAUACUAUUCGGGUGGAUGACGUAUGUCACGGACUUUUAUCGACAACAACGUUGAAGCUACGUUGUUGCCACAUGCGAGUCCAACUUGUACAUGCUAAAGAAAUCUUAGCCUUCUGUAAUGAAUUCUAAAAUGGGUGGGCAUAAAAUGGUGGUACUGUCAAGCAAGGAGUUAACCAUGAAGACUGAAGCAAAAUUCAGGGCUGGAACAAUUAAUCUAAGAUAAAUACUGCAAAGAAAGAUGGCUUCAAAGGACUCAGUCACUGCAAAAUCAGUAAAUCAAGAUGCAGUUUUAAUGGGAUACACAGCAGAACAGUUCAACCUUUUACGACUGUGUCACAUCAUUUUCGAUAUUGUCCCGGAAGGUCUGCGAACAAUUUUUAAACAAGAAUGGGACAAAAUUACGCAUCGUGCAUGGAAGGACACAUAUUAUGACUUCAAGCUUUUCCUCGAAAUGGAGUCACCAUACAAACGCAAAAAAUAUUCAAAUCGUCUAAAGGUGAUGUCAAGUGGAGACAGAAAGGAUUGGGACUCCUCGUGUUUGAUAUAUGCAAUAUUGUACUCGGACACUAUGAGGGAGAAAAUAAGUCUUGUAGCGAUGGACAAUGUAGUUAUUCUGCGUGACAUCCUUAAUGAAAUGAAGCACAAACAUACUAAGCUGAAUGACAGGGAAUUUCACAUGCUAGUAGACCUUGAGAAUGCAACCAGAAAUGAGAUUCCUAUCGAGAUCGCUUUACGUGGACCCAAAGCUAUAGGAGCUUUUGAGAAAGCACUCUUAAAUGGUAAUGUAAAACUUAGACGGCUAUUGGUUAUGCUCAUUGGACAGUCUGGCGCUGGGAAAACAAGUUUACUGAAGUCUUUUAGAGGUAAAAGAAAUUUAUUGUGGCCAAUGAUUUGUUAUAGGUUGCACGCAAUGUCUAUGCAGUUUUAA